GAAAUUGGGUGCUUCAGAGAUUUCUUCUAGGUGAGUUUGUGGAUUUGUUUGUGUAUAAACAAUGGAUUUGAAGGUGGUGCACUAACGUCAUUGUUGUGGAUUGUGAUUUCGACAAUUUGCAGAGAACGGAGUGAUGGCCGUAUGGAAGAAGGUUAUUAGAAGGGAAGAUUGGGAGAAGAAGCUUAACGACGUAAGGAUUAGGAAAGAAGACAUGAAUAAAUUGGUGAUGAAUUUCCUCGUCACUGAAGGUUAUGUUGAUGCAGCUGAGAAAUUUCGGAUAGAGUCUGGGGCUGAGCCAGAAAUAGAUCUUGCAACCAUUACAGAUAGAAUGGCUGUUAAGAAGGCAGUACAAUGUGGUAAUGUUGAGGAUGCAAUUGAGAAAGUGAAUGAUUUGAAUCCUGAGAUAUUGGAUACAAAUCCCCAAUUGUUUUUUCAUCUCCAACAGCAAAGGUUGAUAGAACUAAUUCGUAAUGGAAAAGUAGAAGAAGCUCUUGAAUUUGCACAGGAGGAGCUUGCACCAAGGGGAGAAGAAAAUCAAAGCUUCUUGGCAGAGCUGGAGAGAACAGUUGCUUUACUUGCGUUUGAAGAUGUUUCAAACUGUCCCGUUCGAGACCUUCUGGACAUCUCUCUGCGCCUGAAGACGGCAAAUGAAGUUAAUGCAGCCAUCUUAACAAGUCAGAGUCAUGAAAAAGAUCCGAAACUGCAAAACUUGUUGAAGAUGUUAAUGUGGGCACAGGACCAACUCGAUGAGAAAGCAGCAUAUCCUCACAUAAAUGAUUUAUCCACAGCUAUGCUUGAAGAUCCUCCCAUUUGAGAUAUGUCAUUCAAAAAAUUACGUAGUCUCUGCCUAUAAACGAUGAUUUAAAUCUCUUUGAAUUGAUGAAUUGAUGAAUUAGAAAAGGAAAGAAAGAUACGGGUAGAACUACAACCAAAAUCCUUUCCAUUUAGGCAGUGAAAUGAAAAGCAGGCCAAGCCGGCAGUGUAAAAACUACAAUAAUGAGAAUUAAGGAAAUAAAUAUGUUCAGUCA